AUGGUUCCGAGGAUACCAUACCGUCAACUGGUGAGGGUUGCCUCUAGCCCGUGGGCCGCGCCGACUCUCUCUACACGCCUGGUUGCGACUUCGAGAACUACGACGCCGAUACCGUUUGCCCAGUCCCUUUCGACCUCCUCGAUCGUACGACAAGAACUGAAACAACCACAACACCCACACCCUUCAGAACAACCCGCCGGCCCUCUCAGCUCAACAACAACAACAACAACAACAACAACAGCAGCAACAACAGAGCCCGUAUCACACCCGCCCACGCCCUCACAACCAGAACCACAACCCAACCAACAACAAACCCCAAACCCACAAAAACCACCCUCCCGGUGGCGCCUCCCCAGCAUCCUCCUCGCCAUCGGCUGCACAAUCCUCGGUCUCUCAGCCGGCACAUCCGCCCGCCUCCUCCUCUCCCCCCCGACCCCUCCGGAACCGCACACCGAAGAAGACGCCUACACAACCCGCGUGCUCCACGACCAAGCCGCCAAACUUCCCGUCGUCCAACUCCUCACCGCAGGCGUCGCAGCCGGCGAGUACGAGUCCUGGGACGCCUACGAAUCCCUCUCGCCCGAGCAGCGCGCGCAGCACAUCUCGGCCGGCGCGCUGGCCGGGUCGCGCGGCGUGGGCGGGUAUCAGAAGGUAUUCUGGAAUAAGGCCACGGGCGAGCUGGUUAGUGUGAUUUUCUUUGGUCCCGCGACGACGGGGUGGCCGGGGGUUGUGCAUGGCGGGUGUCUGGCGACGAUCUUGGAUGAGAGCUGCGGACGCGCGGCGUUUAAGGAUAAGGAGUGGGGUGGAAGGGCGGGUAUGACGGCGAAGUUGGGGUUGGAGUAUAAGAAGGUUACGAUGGCGAAUGGGUUUUAUGUGGUGCGGGUACGGGUGAAGAGGGAGGAGGAAUUGCCCGAGGAGGAGCGCGGGAAGAGGCAUUACAAGUGUUGGGUUGUGGCGCAGGUGGAGGACGCGGUGACUGGGGCGGUGAAUGUGACGGCGGAUGCGUUGUUUGUGGGUGGAAAGGGGAAGAAGGCGAUGGUGUUGGGGGGUGUGUUGGGUGGAGAGAAGGCGAAGGCGGGGCAUAUGAGGUUUUGA